CAUGUAGAGAGGGAGACCUAUGUAGCUAUGCCCGUGUAUAGCUGCCAACCAACAAGCAGCUAGAAGACUCGUGACCGUGUGAAGAAGCGAUGUGUCCACAUCUUGCUACUUCAACAUCCUUGACACUCUUCACUCGACUCGGUGCACCGGCCGCUGAUCCCCCAUCCACCUCCUACAGCAUUCACAAUCACAAAGGCAAGGACUGCAUCAAGAUUAUCGGGCAUCUCUGAAGGAGGAAGAGCUGGCGGCCAAAUUAUCUGUUUUCUGGGCACUGCCUUAUUCUCUUUUGGCUUAGCGAGGCUACCUAACGCAACUUUCACAAGCUCUGGGAAGCGUAGACUCCGGAAAAGGUCCGCAUACAAGGCAUCUGCCGGUGUAUUGACUGGACCAAGCUGCGCUCGCCAUGUCAAGCGAUCCAGUCGCUUCCGCCAUAGCUGAGCAGUCCAUCCCUCACGAAGCCUCCGCCACACGUUCUGAACCCAUAUCUCAUCACGCAGCAGCCGAAGAGGUCAAGCGCGCUGCAGCCACCGAAGGCAGCGAUGUUGGUGAUGACGACGAUGAUGAUGAAGAAGACGGGCCGGUGAUAUUCGACGAAGAAGAUACUUUACCAGGUUUCGCCAGCCGAGAGGCUUUGGCUGGACCUAGCAAAGCAUCCUCUGGUAUCCCUGCCAGUCCUGCUGGCACUUCUUACAGCCACACAGGCAGCGUGCUAGGCACGCUCGCAUCAGCCAGGGUGUCCCGAGCCAGUCUCGAAUCCGUAGGCUUCAACUACUCUCAGCAUCUCCUGCCCUUGUCUCUGUCGGGCAGCGGCGAGGAUGAUUCGUACGACUACGAUUACGAAGAGGAAGAGGAAGAAGAUGAAAGACUAGGACUUGCUGAUAGGCCGGGCAAUGCCGGCGGCGAUGAAGAGUCUUGGGCAGCACGCGGCAACCGCAGGAGGGGCAGCAGGGAGUACGGAGAGAGGGAAGGCGUCAGGAUACUACCUGCUCCCGGGCGGAGGAGGAGGCGAAGAAUGGCAGCUGGCGCCCCUGGCAGUCCUAUCAGGCCCGAUCAGAGGCGCAUGGGCCUCGUUGAUGGCAUUGCUCUCACUGUCGGCUUGCAAAUCGGGUCAGGCAUCUUUAGUUCUCCUGGCGUAAUCACGCUCAACACUGGCAGCAUAGGGGCAAGUUUGGUAGUGUGGCUUGUCAGUGGCGUGCUAGCAUGGACCGGAGCCUCGUCAUUCGCCGAGCUAGGGGCAGCCAUUCCCCUCAACGGCGGCGCGCAGGCCUAUCUGAAUUAUUCUUUUGGACCUCUUUCGGCAUAUCUAUUCGCCUGGACUUCCAUCGUUGCUCUCAAAUCCGGGUCUGGAGCCAUCAUAGCUACGAUCUUUGGCGAAUACGUGGCUCGCGUACUCUUCCACACGACGUCGUCUGCUGCUGGCGACCCACACGAGCAAGGCUUGGAUGGUAUCCCUGGUUGGAGCAUCAAACUUUCUGCUUGCAUCGUUGUGGUGCUUAUCAGUGGCCUACAGGCUCUGAGCAGCAAGUUGGGAACGCGUGCGCAGGUAGCAACGACCGCCGUCAAGCUGGCCGCUCUAGUCGCUGUGCCCAUUCUGGCCAUAGUACAAGCGAGCCGAGGUAAGACACCGGAGCCUUCAAGACAAGCUAUGAGGAGCUUCUCUGCGCUCUUCGAAGGCAGCUCCACUAGUCCUAGCAACUACGCGCUUGCCCUGUACUCUGGGCUAUGGGCUUUUGACGGAUGGGAUCAAAGCACCAUCAUCGCGGGAGAGAUCAAAAAUGUCACCCGGAAUCUGCCACGCGUCAUUCACUCGAGCUUGGGUAUAGUGCUGGCCAUCUUCAUGACCACGGUCUUAUCCUACUUCCUUGUGCUUCCUCCGGCUCUUGUGAAGCAAACAAACACUGUAGCACUAGAUUUUGGCUCAGCCAUCUUCGGAACAGCAGGCGGAGUGGUUUUCGCCUGCUUGGUUGCUUUUUCCUGUCUUGGCGCGCUCAAUGGACAAUUCUACACAUCUGGUCGAUUCGUCUUCACUGCUGGAAAGGAAGGAUACUUGCCAAAGGUUUUUGGAAGGAUCAACACGAGGACCAGAACGCCGAUCUGGGCCAUUGUGCUCCAAGCCAGCCUCGUCCUCCUCUUCAUCCUGUUUGGUAGCGGAUUUGCAUCGCUCGUCAAUUUCUACGGUGUAUGCUCGUGGUCUGGCUAUUUCUUCACUGUGCUGGGUCUUCUUGUGCUGAGGAUCAAGGAGCCAAAUUUGGAGAGGCCUUAUCGAACGUGGCUCGUCACGCCAAUCAUUUUCUCUGCAGUUGCCCUUUUCUUGCUCAUCAUGCCCAUCUUCUCCUCCCCGCUGGAAGCUAUCGCCGCUUUUGGGUUCAUCCUGGCAGGUGUGCCCAUGUACUACCUCACGCAAAAACGAGUGCUGUCAGGCCUCUUCUCCAGGCAGGCGGAGAGGGAUACUAGCGCAUCACUGGCUUCUGCUCAGCAAGACCGCUCUUCCGUCGACGAGUAUCGAGCGUCCAAGGAAGACAGGACAUCAGCAGACGACGACGAUGAAGAAGCCAUGGAAAUGCUUCCACGCGACUCGCGCCAUGAUCCGGAGCGGUGACUGCCCGGGGAAGGGGGGGUGGGGGGCGUGCGAAAGUGCCUCGCAGGGCUGCAAAUAUCUGGCUUGAGUCCUGUCAUGUGGGCGGUGCUAUCUGCUAAGAGCAUUGCAGCUCUACGACGAUCCUCACGCGUGAUGCAUUGCCAAAAUUGUCCAUUGCAUUCCAAAGCAGGGUGAUGUAGAGCGAAAGAUGAAAGUUACAAAUGCAAUCGGAUACGGCGAGGGA